UUACUUCUGUAAGCAGUAGGACCAACCAAGUCGACUAACUAGAAAUUACCUAAUGGACUGCUUGGAUUAACGUGGCUGGUGGGGCUUCCAUGCAAUUGCUGUUCUCUUUUUUUCCUUUCCUUGCGGAAUUCCUCUUCGACGUCACCCAUCUUCAAUUCGCUAUACUACCUCUCUCCCAUCUCUUCUCGGUGGCAUACUAUGCUUACACGCCACGCCCCCUCAGCGCCGUAGAUCUUGGGAAUUGGGCGGCUAAGAAGUCGUCGAGUAUGUCCAAGAACAAUGCCGUCGUCAACGAUACCUCGCUUCCUCUCGGUCAAAUCCGGAACCGAAAUCGAUCGUCCAUCGUUUCCUCCGUGCUGGCCAUACAGAAAUACGUCGCCCCGAGGGAGAACCGGCUGAAGUCGCUCGAGUGUCUCUCCUUGGUCAACGACUUUGAAGAGCCAAGUGGCAAGCGCAGGCGGGUGGCCAAUGGCAGUGUCGCCUCGCACUCUUGCAAAUACCUGAGGCGGACACCCCUCAACCCGGUGGGCCGCAGGGAUGAAAGGGAGUAUAUUGCCGUCUCGUAUACUUGGAACCCCUCAAAGGCGGAGGAGCAGAAGGAGGACGGCGGCUACGGGGAGGCCGGGGUACGCUACUUUGUCGAGUCGCGGAGGUCCAGCGGGCCUCCGUUGCCCAGCAGAGUGAGAGAUGUCGUCUGGGACCGAGUGCUCAACUACUCCGAGUGCGUUGGGUGCGAGAAAAUCUGGAUCGACCGCGAGUGCAUCGACCAGGAAGACGAGGCGGAGAAAGAGGCCGCUAUACAGAACAUGCACCUGGUGUAUCACCUGAGCGACUUUCCGAUCGCCUUGCUUACCCACCGCGUCGAUACGGACCGAGACCUGGAUCUUCUGGUCGACCUCAUGUUCCACGUAGUCGAUGCUGAAGACAAGCCUGCUGUGCUCAAACUCCUGGAAGAUAUCACGUCUGACCUGUGGUGGACGAGGGCGUGGACCUUCCAGGAAGACUACAAAGCUUCUGUUCGCAUGGAAUUUCUCCUGCCACAUUCCCCGGAUUUGGAGCUACGCAAGAAAACUAUGCAAAGCAAAUCUGGUGACCCUCUCCUGGGCAAUAUCAGCGGCGAGAUCUGCAUAAAAUCCACGGAUUUCAGACGGCAGGCUACGGAAUUCUGCCUCUCCCUUCGUGAGAGGCCAGAAUACAGCGAUGCUUGUGACAAAAUCCUCCAGGCGGCCGCAAAAUAUGACAUUCUGCUCAGAGAUGAGUUUCCGCAGAUGGGCACCUACGCUUCGUCUCGUUCCAUGUCGCCUAUGAUCCUGGCGAACAUAGGGGCAAGGGGCAUCACGGUUGAAUCAGAUCGCCUAGCCAUUGCGGCCAAUUGCACCGGCUAUACCACCCGCCUAGAUGCAAGAGCUCUCAAUAGAGACGGCUGCAGCCUCAGCCUAUCUAUCCUUGCCUUGUACCUGCUGAACGGUGAGAUAAUGGAGAACAACCCGAAACACACCGACCUGGGAUCGACGACAGACAAUAUCUUUGAGUAUAUCUCCAAGCAGUCGCUCGGCACCUUUCAGUCCCCGGUCUCCCAGAGCCUCACAUUCAUCAAGAGCUGUCGCUUCGUCGAGCCUGGAAUGACGCCGGAGGGCAUCAGGACUAGGGGCCACCUCUGGAAAUUGGGCCGGAUCAUCCGACCUGGGCCGAUGACAAGGGUAAAAUAUAGGACUUUAUCAUUGCUCGACGAGCUGGCUACUAAUCUUCAAUUUGGGAAGUAUGGCGUCGGCUGUGGCGAGCUCGCGCAUCUACUGUGCCAAUGGCUCUACGAACGUCCCAUGUCCCAGGGCGAUGGCCCGCGCGCCUGGCAGGGGUGGAUGAUGGAUGAGGUCGAGAAGGCCCUUAAGGAGGGCAAGGCCCUCCGGCUCGGGCACUUCGCGCACCCCGCGGACGGCAUCGGAGACAACCCCCGCGCGAUCUUUAUUGACAGCGACCGAAGCGACUGGGACGAUGACGACGACGGCGAGCCCGCGCCCAGCUACGCCUUCACAUCAAUGUGGUUCGCCCGGGGUGACCAGCUAGACUCGCUCAACAAGCACGUUUCGCUAGAGGUCGAGGCUGAUUGGCCGGUGGCCGAGGGCCGCCUACCGAGGCUUUAUACUAAGCGCUGGCUUAACGGGAUCUGCUUCUUCCAAGGGUGCCCGCUGCGGCCCGUUGUGUUCCCUUGGCCUUCCGCCCUGCUCGAAUGAGAAGAUGGAUGAUAGUGCUACUACUACUACGACGACGAAGACGAUUGAUGAGGAAUGAGCAAUACGUUUUGGAUCACCACGACGAUGGUGACGACGAUGAAAACAACGAUGACGAUGGCUACAAGCUUUUAUUAUCCGUACAAGGGAGAAAAGGGUGCGGGAAG